UUCUCUUUCGCUAACAAACUUUAACGCAUUUAACUGAAAUGGGUUAUCUUCUCUACAUUGUUUCUCUUCUUACCCACUUUCUGACUCACCUCCAAAACUUGAGUCUCGAAGGAAUGCUUCAACUUAGCUUCUGCUCCUUUUUCUGGUUUCUGGUCUUAACUGAUAUUAAUAACUAGGAAAUGGGUAUCUUAUUGUUAGUAAGUUGAACCAAAUUUUGAAUCUUUCCUGGUAAAAAUGUGGUUUUACUAUAAAUGAAUGAGUGUGAACAGUCUACUACAGAUGUGAGUUCUCCAUGUAGAUGUUAUAUAAUAGUGGAAUGUAGAGAACUUACAAUAGAAUCGAGUGUUCUACUGAAUGUAACAAAAUUUGAUUUCAAACGCAUAGUGAGAUUGAUUCUAUUAAGCAAUGUUGAACUCUUUAAAAUGGGUUUAGCUUACAAUUGAAAUUUAGCAAGGUUCAUAGAGGCUGAAUAGUUGACAAUGCUUCGGGUGGAAAUUGCUCAUGAUUGAAUUUGCUUUAAAUGCCAUAAAAAAAAAAUUAGAUGGCAUUAGUAGUUUAGUGUAUUUACUUAUGUGUAAAUGAAUGCUUGAAGUGGCUGGUCAGAUUUCUAUUCUUCAUGUUGAAAUUCUGGUGAAGUUCUUGUGCAACUGUCUGACGUGUUGGGUUAGUAAAAAGUAGCUGCGAGGUUUCUAAUAACUUUGAGGGUGAUGAUUUGCUUGAAUGAUUUUGAAUUGUAUACAUAUGGGGGUGCUUUUAUUAAGUGGUUGUGUGUUUGCAUAUGUAAUUUUAUAACUCAUAAUUAAAUGAUUGAAAUCCAUAUGAUUAACCAGUCUGUUAUCACAUUUUUGAGUUCUAACAGGAGAUUGUCUGCUCCAUAUUCAACCCUUGAUCAUGUUCCGCUGUUUGGUUAUGUGGCGGAAGCCAAUCACUUUCCACAGAACACGGAGCAUUUGAAUUAUCAUUUACGUGUUCUGAGGAAUCGGUUUGCCUCUGUCUGUUCUUUCCCUCAACUUCAUUACAUUGGAGCUAUGCAGAUCAGUGUUGGCAUGGAUGAGAAAUGUGAUAUUGCUAACCUCAGCCAUUCUAUAGUUAGCAGAAAGCCACGAGAGCAGCAAAACGUAAGAAAGGAGGUUCAGUUAAUUGGUCAGAAUGACUCUACAAUAAGUAUUAGCAAAGAAGAUUACAAGGAAAGAGAAAGACGAAAGAAAAUAGGACUAGCCAACAAAGGAAAAGUGCCAUGGAACAAAGGCAGGAAACAUAGUGCAGAGACUUGUGAGCGCAUCAAGCGACAAACCAUAGAGGCCCUAAAAGACCCCAAGGUGAAGGUUAGAAAGAAGAUGUCCCAGCGUCCCCGUUCUCAUAGUGUGGAGUCCAAGGCAAAAAUGAGUUCUUCACUUAGACGGCUUUGGGGAAGGCGUCUAAAAUGGAAACAGUCAAGGGAGAAACUCUUCCUGUCAUGGGUAGAAAGCAUAGCAGAGGCGGCUAAGACAGGUGGGAGUGAACAACAAGAGUUAAAUUGGGAUAGCUAUAAGAAUAUAAGGGAAGAAUUAUAUCUCCAACAGCUUCAGCAGGCUGCAGAAAAGAAAAAGGCAAGGGAACGGGCAAAGAUGAGAGCCAAGGAAGCAGCAGCACGAGCUAAAGUAAAAAAGAAGGCAAGGCGUGCUGUUGAAAGGAGAGUAGAUAGUGAGACUAACAAAGACAAUGAAGAGUUGACAUCUCUGAAAGGGCUGAAAGUUAAGCAGAGAUCAACGAAGCUUGACAGAGAGACUUCCACAAAUGAUCAAGUUGCUAGUCGAAGGGACAUAGUUAAAUCGCAAUUGCAUAUCUCAGCUUUGGAGAAAUUGGAUGCAGAGCUUAUAAAGAGAGAAAAAUUGCGAGCAGAAGUUUCAUUUGCAGACCAGAUAAGAGCUGCCAAAAACAGAAAAAUGGAACAAGCUAUGGCAGCCCCAUCUGUUGGGGUAGUAAACGAGAAACCAGGGAUGCAUACCCAUACACUUCUGCAGUCUCAGUAGUUUGUUAGCAUCAAAAAAGGAAAAUGGAUGAGAAGUAUUGGACUUCUGGACACCUUUUCCAUCUAGUGGCAAGAGUCCCCUUGUUUCUUUCCAGGGCUUGAUGUUCAAAUAACAAGGAGGUUCUGGCUGCAAUGCAACCCUUUUUCGGUGAACCUGUUACGGGCAGAAAUUGCAUGUUAUUCAUAACAUCCUGGUGUAGUUGAAUAUUCAGAUGAAACUCCUUACUAAUUUUAGUUUUUAAUUCGCUUCUGUCGGGCUAGGUUGAGGACGUAACUCCCUAAGAAAACAAGGAUGAAUCUCCAACAGGGAACCCCAAAGUUUUGUAAGGAAAAGGAAAUUGAAAUUGUGAAGUUCAUGUAAAUUGUAAUCCCUUCUUAUUUCAAUAUGCUAGAGCAUAUUUCAUUUUUA